AAGGACGCCUCUGUCAUGGAGACACCCUGUUCCUACAAAUACUGCUGUCCUUUGACCCUUGCCUGUCCCACCACCAUGGGUCUGGAGCUCUACCUGGACCUGCUGUCCCAGCCCUGCCGUGCCGUCUACAUCUUCGCCAAGAAGAACGGCAUCCCUUUCGAGCUGCGCGCCCUGAAUCUGCUCAAAGGCGAGAACAGGAACAAGGACUUCCUCCCAACUGAUGGCCUGCAGAGGUUGCCUGUCCUCAAGGAUGGUGACUUCUUCUUGGGAGAAAGUGUGGCUAUCCUGAUUUACCUGAGCAUCAAGUAUCAGACAGCGGCUCACUGGUACCCUCCUGACCUGCAGACCCGCGUGCGCAUCCAUGAGUACCUGGGCUGGCAUGCUGACCACAUCCGUGGCACGUUUGGUGUGUCCCUGUGGGCCCAGGUACUGGCACCGUACAUUGGGAUUCAGGUGCCUGAGGAGAAGAUGAAGCGCAAUAGGACUGCCGUGGACUGUGCACUGCAGCACCUGGAGGACAAGUUCCUGAGGGACAAGGCCUUCCUCAUUAGCCAGCAGGUGACGCUGGCAGACCUCAUGGCGCUGGAGGAGCUGAUGCAGAUUGUGGCUCUUGGCCAAGACCUGUUUGCGGGACGGCCACGACUGGCUGCAUGGCACCAGCGAGUGGAGGCUUUCCUGGGUGCUGAUCUGUGCCAGGAGGCUCACAGUGCCAUCUCAAACAUCCAGGAGCAGGCAACCAACAAAAAACUUCCAGAUCUUCCCUCAGAAGUUUAUUCAUAUAUGCUGUUUCGUAUAUCCAGUAUCCCCUGAAGGGUGUGGGGUAAGGUUGAUUGGGGGGUCAGAAGAUUAACAGUGUUCAUUCUGUUUCUUACUGGUCCCUUCUUACCUUUUCCAUCUUGUCUCCGUCUCUUGUCUCUGACUUCUGGAGGAAAUCGUCACAGGUGGCACAUUGCCCUUGGCAGUGCUUCUCUUUAGGUGUAGCAGAUGUAAUCAAUAAAAGAUUAAAACUUA